AUGGGGUCAACGCAAUUUGGAAAUUUUCACGACUUCUGUCGCGACUCAACACUCCCCGUCUGCAAUCUUUUUACCAAUGAAACUGCGGCUGCCGCCUUCGGCGCAUGCGAUCUGACCGGUAUCUCGUUGAGCGGGGACAGACACCUUCGGAAUUUAGGUUCCAUUCUGUUGGCCUUCAUCGCCAUUGUGGUCAGUGUGGGUUUGAUAUGGAGAUCGGAGAAGAAGCACGCGGCUGUCGGCCGGAGGGAGAUGCAGUUGUUUCUUCUCGGCUUCAUUAUAAUUGAGAUCUGUGAGAUCUUCACUGUAGGAGGCUUCCCGCUGAAUGAUGAUGUUCGAAAGGGAUUCACUGCGGUACAUCUCGCCGCGAUCAGUGCUACUUCCUGGGUUCUCCUUCUGAACGCACUCGUCGGUUUUCAAUUACUUGACGACGGCACUCCCGCUUCCAUCGGCCUUAUCUGUGGAUCUGCCAUGGCCCUCUUUGUUGGUACGGGCUAUAUCGCUUUGGACACAGGAUUUGAUUGGACUGGUCACUUCCAGUCAAGUCAUGAUGCUCCGAAUCGCAACAUCGGUCUUUACGUGCUGUACCAGCUCUUCCCGCUCAUCUGCAUUGUGUUGUUCUACGUUCUUGAAGCUGUUCUCGUGCUCCGAAUCCUCGGCGAGUUCCGGCCAAUGUUGUACCUCACCGCAGCUGGCGUGUUAUUUGCCAUUGGUCAAGUCUUCAACUAUGUGAUCAGCACCCACUUGUGCCAGGCCACCGACGGCAGCAUCGAUGGAGCUCUCUUCCAGACUCUCUUCACCCUCCUUGCCGUCUCUGGGGUUUGGGCCUUCUGGAGCAGCAUCACCGAAGACGACUGGCCUUUGCCCGUGGGUACAGGCUACAAUUGA